CGCUGCGGACCGUUCACAGUCGACUGACGCUUAAGGAAAGUGAAAUCGAUUCUCCGCCUGCUCAUCGACAGGAUCCCUGAAUGGAAGACGGCUAGAGAGGUCGUCUCGCCGAGAACAGACUGUAACAUUUUUCACUGUCGUGUUGCGUUCACCACCACCACAGCUAUCAUUGGCAGCCUCGACGGCUGCAAACGACGCCGCCUUCGCCAUGGCUUUUGGCGUGAAAGCGCCAGAAAAGCCCUCAGAUUGAGCAGAUUCGUCAUUUUUUUUUGUGCGGAUUUAAAUGCCUCUCUCCAAGGGCCACCGACCCGCUUUUCUGCUCCAGUUCGCGUGUGCGGUGUCGCACGCUGUCACGAAUAAACAAUUCAUAGGCUGCUAAAACACAGAAAGAGACUCCGUCGGGUGGGUGCACACAAUCUACAGCGAAGAGGGGGAUUUUUUUCCUAAGCAAUAUGGCUGGUGAGUGGGGCUGGGGACGCUGGCACAGGCUCUCCAAGGCUCCUAAAUGCUAGCUGAGGCGGAUGGCACCGUUCCCCAUGGAAGCGACAGCUCUAUGAGGACAAGCAAUAUCAAUAAUAAUAUAAAUCCGGACUCUUCAAUCUUAAUAUCCAAGAUGGAAGACGUUGUCAUCCCGUUCUCGUCUGAGGUGCCCUGCGACAAUAAUGGACAGCGCAUGUGGUGGGCAUUCCUCGCCUCCUCCAUGGUGACGUUUUUUGGGGGUCUCUUCAUCAUCCUGCUAUGGAGGACGCUCAAAUAUCUGUGGACGGUUUGCUGCCAUUGCAACAUCAAACCCAAGGAGGCUCAGAAGGUGAACAACCCGGCCAACAAUCAGGCGGCAGCAGGAACAAAGGGUACUGAUGAGAAGGAGGAGGUUCCAGCCAGCGAGGUGGGAUGGAUGACUUCCGUCAAAGACUGGGCCGGUGUCAUGAUCUCCGCUCAGACACUCACUGGCAGAGUUCUGGUGGUGUUAGUCUUUGCACUCAGCAUCGGGGCCCUCGGAAUAUACUUUAUAGACUCCUCGGAUCCUAUAGAAUCCUGCCAGAACUUCUACAAAGAUUUCACAUUACAGAUCGAUAUGGCCUUCAACGUCUUUUUCCUUCUGUACUUUGGCCUGCGGUUUAUAGCAGCCAAUGACAAGCUGUGGUUCUGGCUGGAGGUCAACUCAGUGGUCGACUUCUUCACAGUCCCUCCUGUGUUUGUGUCUGUCUACUUAAACAGAAGCUGGCUUGGUUUAAGGUUCCUGAGAGCGCUCAGACUGAUACAGUUCUCUGAAAUCUUGCAGUUUUUGAAUAUCUUGAAAACAAGCAAUUCUAUCAAGCUGGUGAACCUGUGUUCCAUCUUCAUAAGCACAUGGCUCACAGCUGCUGGAUUCAUACACUUGGUGGAAAACUCAGGGGAUCCCUGGGAAAACUUCCAGAAUUCCCAGUCACUUUCCUAUUGGGAAUGUGUCUACCUGCUGAUGGUGACUAUGUCCACAGUAGGCUACGGGGAUGUCUAUGCAAAAACCACCUUGGGACGCCUGUUUAUGGUCUUCUUCAUCCUCGGUGGUUUGGCCAUGUUUGCCAGCUACGUCCCUGAAAUCAUAGAGUUAAUAGGAAACCGCAAGAAAUAUGGUGGUUCCUAUAGUGCGGUUAAUGGGAGAAAGCAUAUUGUGGUCUGUGGUCAUAUUACCCUCGAAAGUGUCUCCAACUUCCUCAAAGACUUCCUACACAAGGACAGGGAUGAUGUCAAUGUUGAAAUUGUUUUUCUCCAUAAUAUUUCCCCUAAUCUUGAGCUGGAAGCCUUGUUCAAACGUCACUUUACCCAAGUAGAAUUCUACCAGGGAUCUGUUCUCAACCCUCACGAUCUAGCCCGAGUGAAGAUCGAGUCAGCAGAUGCCUGCUUAAUCCUGGCCAACAAAUAUUGUGCAGAUCCUGAUGCUGAAGAUGCCUCCAACAUCAUGAGGGUUAUUUCGAUCAAGAACUACAGUCCUAAGAUCAGAAUAAUUACACAAAUGCUACAAUAUCACAACAAGGCCCAUCUGCUGAACAUUCCAAGCUGGAACUGGAGGGAGGGUGACGAUGCUAUCUGCCUGGCAGAGCUGAAAGCCGGCUUCAUUGCCCAGAGCUGUCUGGCCCAGGGCCUGUCCACCAUGCUAGCCAACCUCUUCUCCAUGAGGUCUUUCAUUGAGAUUGAGGAGGACACAUGGCAGAAGUAUUACCUAGAAGGAGUGGCUAAUGAGAUGUACACAGAGUAUUUGUCCAGUGCCUUUGUGGGCCUCUCCUUCCCCACCGUCUGUGAGCUGUGUUACGUGAAGCUGAAGCUGCUGCUUAUUGCUAUCGAAUACAAGUCUGAGCAGAGAGAGAGCAGCAUCCUCAUCAACCCAGGAAACCAUGUCAAGUUGCAGGAGGGAACACUGGGAUUCUUUAUUGCCAGUGAUGCCAAAGAAGUGAAGAGAGCUUUUUUCUACUGCAAAGCUUGUCAUGACGACAUCACGGACCCAAAGCGGAUCAAGAAGUGCGGCUGCAAACGACUGAUUUAUUCCAAGAUGUCCGUCUACAAACGAAUGAAACUGGCAUGUUGUUUUGAUUGCGGCCGUUCAGAGCAAGACUGCUCUUGCAUGUCAGGCAGUGUACAUAGUAACAUGGACACCCUUCAGAGGGCCUACCCACUUUCCUCUGUCUCUGUUCAUGAUUGCCCAACCACUUUACGUGCCUCCAAAUAUAAGUAUAAUGGAUAUGUCAGACCACCAGCAGAUGGCGCUACAACACCAGGGAACAGUGGAAGUCAGAAAGAGGCUGGCGUUCGAUUCAAAGCUGAUUGCAAUUUAGUCGAGGACGAGCAUCCAUCAACUCUCUCGCCCAAAAAAAAGCAGCGCAACGGAGGGAUGCGAAACUCGCCCAACUGCUCACCCAAAAUGAUGAGUCGACACGAUCCCCUUCUUAUUCCUGGAAACGAACAAAUCGAGAACAUGGACAUGAACGUGAAGAGGUAUGACUCGACAGGGAUGUUUCACUGGUGCCCAUCAAAGGAGAUCGAAAAAGUCAUCCUGACCCGGAGUGAAGCCUCGAUGACGGUCCUGAGCGGUCAUGUAGUGGUCUGUAUAUUUGGGGAUGUCACGUCCGCUUUAGUGGGGCUGCGAAACCUGGUGAUGCCUUUAAGAGCAAGUAACUUCCAUUACCAUGAGCUGAAGCCCAUAGUGUUUGUGGGCUCACUGGAUUACUUACGAAGAGAGUGGGAGACGCUGCACAACUUCCCCAAGGUGUCCAUAUUACCUGGUACACCAUUAAGUCGGGCAGAUUUAAGGGCUGUCAACAUCAACCUCUGCGACAUGUGCGUAAUACUGUCAGCCAAUCAGAACAAUAUCGAAGACGCCUCUCUGCAGGAUAAGGAAUGCAUCUUGGCAUCACUCAACAUCAAAUCUAUGCAGUUUGAUGACAGCAUUGGGGUCUUACAGGCUAAUUCCCAAGGUUUCACGCCCCCUGGAAUGGACAGGUCAUCUCCAGACAGCAGCCCAGUACAUGGCUUUGUGCGUCAGGCUUCCGUCACCACCGGAUCCAACAUCCCCAUCAUCACAGAACUAGCUAAACCUGGCAAACUACUGCCAUUGGUUUCACUCAGUCAGGAAAAAAAAAGUGGAAUCAACAUACAAAUGAUAACAGAGCUGGUGAACGACUCAAACGUUCAGUUCCUGGACCAGGAUGAUGAUGAUGACCCAGACACAGAGCUGUACCUCACUCAGCCUUUCGCCUGCGGCACCGCCUUCGCUGUCAGUGUGCUCGACUCUCUGAUGAGUGCGACGUACUUCAAUGAUAACAUCCUGACGCUGAUUCGGACACUGGUCACAGGGGGAGCCACACCAGAGCUGGAGGGCCUGUUGGCUGAGGAGAACGCUCUGAGAGGAGGCUACAGCACACCGCAGACACUGGCCAACAGAGACAGGUGUCGCGUGGCCCAGCUAGCUCUCUACGACGGGCCAUUUGCUGACUUGGGGGACGGCGGUUGCUACGGGGACUUGUUCUGUAAAGCACUGAAGACGUACAACAUGCUGUGUUUUGGAAUCUACAGAUUGAGAGACGCUCAUCUCGGUUCCCCGAGCCAGUGUACAAAACGGUAUGUGAUCACGAACCCACCGUACGAGUUUGAGCUCGUUCCCUCAGACCUGAUCUUCUGCCUCAUGCAGUUCGACCACAACGCAGGCCAGUCUCGGACAAGCUUGUCCCACUCUUCCCACUCCUCCCAUUCCUCCAGCAAAAAGAGCUCCUCUGUCCACUCCAUCCCGCCCUCCAACCGGCAGAACCGCAGCAGUAAGACCCGGGAGGGCCGCGACAAACAGAAUGCAACAAGGAUGAAUAGAAUGGGCCAAGAAAAGAAAUGGUUUACAGAUGAACCAGAAAAUGCCUACCCACGGAACAUUCAGAUCAAGCCCAUGAGCACUCACAUGGCCAACCAAGUCAACCAAUACAAAUCCACCAGUAGUCUGAUUCCACCAAUCAGAGAAGUUGAAGAUGAAUGCUGAACACGACAGGGUUUUCUUGCUGACUCACCAGACAUCUGUACGCGCUUUCAAAAGAGACGAGAAAAGAUCGCCUGUGGAGGAGUGACGAUGAUGAUCACAGGGAUGUUGAAGACUAAAGCAUUUCUCUUCUCUCAUUCUUCGAAUCAAGAGUCGGACAGGAACCCAAACUGGACGGACCUCCUAUGUGUAUACCUUUAAUGUUACUUCCAUGCUCUUGGACAUUGUUUUAUUUAUUAAUGUAUCCAUAGUGAUGUACAUAAUGACAAUCAAAUAAGGAUUGUACAGCCCCUUCCCCCUAGCACUUUUUGGAAUUAUUUUAAGAGUUGACAAAAAAAAAGAGUACUUCCUGUAAUUCUUUGCAAUAUUUCACCUCUUCGUGUGACCAGACUCAACGGCUGAGGCCACUGGUUCUCGGAGGAUGAGGGUUGCAGCGAUGAGCUGAUCAUAUCAUAUCUCCCAAAGAGCUGCCCAGAUGCUUCAAGUUAAACCAGCUGGGUUCAUUGACUUCAUAUCUCCUGUCUGCUUCUGUUCUAUUUGCACUAAAACUGAAUAAGUUUCUUUUGACAGAACAACUUGAACCAUCUGAUUCCCCUUCAAAUCAAAUAUUGUGAAGGAAGAAAGAAAGGGAUGGAGGGCUGCUUGGCUUCAAAGGCAUACUAAUCUUGUUCUUAGGUUGUUGUACAUCAUGUCGUCGCUUAAGGUUUGCUACUUCUCCGUUGACUCGUCAUGUUGAGUGGCAGCAUUCCAGUCCUGCAGAAGAAAUUCAUCUCACAAACCAGUAGACUUAAACAACUUAGAGGAUGGUGCAGUGUUGGUGUUUGCUGGCUGAAAGAGAAAACCCUGUACCUACAUGUCUUCUGCUGAUACGUCAGAUCAUAAUGCCUGUGACUCUGUUUUCAGCUCCUAUCGCAUGAUAUGUGCCUGAGCCCCCUCCAUAACAGAUACAGGGUGGUUGAUCAAGCUGAAUACCUGAGAAGGAUGAAAAAAAAAAACCUUCUCUGUCCUUCAUGCGUUAAGGAGCUUUUAUGUUAUGUACAAGCUGUGUGUGUGUGUGUAUGCAUCGCAGCCAUUUGUCCUGCUGGUGUUGCGCUGAUCAGUGCUGUCGUCUCCUCCAUCAGCUUGUACGUGAUGGUGAAUCUUUGAAGGAACAGCAUGUGUGAUUUCAGCUCAAAAAAAUGAACGUCAAGGUUGAAUUUAUGAAGAAAAAUCUAGAGGGUUUGGAUCUACUAACAAAAAACUGUUGCAUCAAAACCAAAAUCCCCAACUAUGUUUGAGCCUAACACGAACAGCAGCGGCGUGCCCACCGUUAACACUUUGCCGUGAAUUCUGCGGCAAGAAUUGGGAUCACAAAGACGAGUGGUGUAUUUUCUGAAUGUUUUUCUGUUAAUAAUGACUAAGAGAAAUGCCACAUAUUGCGUAAAAGUGGGCAUCAAUGGGUCCUCCUUUAAUCGGAGCAACUGCCUGGCACAGGGUUGGCACAGAGGCAGUAAAGCGCUUGGAUGUUCUCUGUCGCCAAUCCAGAUGUUACACGCCUCAAAACUCUCAGGAGUUAAAGAUGCUGUUCUGUCCCCCAUUGUGGGAAAAAACGCUCAAACAUAGUUGGGUGGAAACGCAACCAUGCCACAGACUGCUAAUAAGGACACUGGAGAGGAACCGGUGUUCUUCAUGUCAGCCUGUGUGCCACAGAAGAGUGUAUUUUGCACAUGUUUAGGAAUUGAUCGAUCCAAAUCCAGCUGUGAUGGAGGAUUGAGGUGGUAGCCUUGUUUAUCCUGAAACAUAAACUUAUAUACAAAAUAUUAAGUUGGAUUUAUACAUAUAAACAUAAUUAUUUUGUAUCCAUACACAUAUUCAACUUGUAAUUAUUUUUCUAGAAAAGAGCCAAGUAAUUAAAAAAGCAAGUAUUAUAAGAUUUAAAAAGAGUUAAAUGAUAUCUUUAACGACUUCAUAUCAAAUGAUUUAGUGUUCCACUAUAUCACCUUUAUUUAACUUCAUACUCAGACAAAAGAUUAUUUUUUUAUCACCUAACCCCACGUUAACAAACUGCGUCACUCUGGAGCCAGUGAGGCUUGGUCUAGCUUGCAUUGUGAAACCACCAUCUUCAGCCUGGCAGCUCAGCUCUGUUGAGUGCUUGUAGAAAUCAAUGAAUGCUCACCUCGUUUAGUCGCACUGAUGAGCAAUUACCAAAUAGUAUGUCUGCUGCUUAGCAUUGCUAGCUACCAACAUGCAGACAGAGGAACAGAUGUAGAGGAGGGAAAGAAAUGUCGUGUUUAAAUUGAGCGCAAAUCCGAGCAGAAUGAAUAAAGAGAAGACGACUGUGUGUGCAGGCCAGAACUGAAUGACCUUCAUUAGAUAUGUUUGACCUAAAUUAGGUCCCUGGUGUAGAGAAAGAGUGUGUACUCUACAGCACAGUGUGCUGGUGUUAUCAACAGAAUAUGACACGGAGAUGCUGCCAGGUCUCCGCUAUAGACUGUAAAAAGUAAAACUGACAUAAAUAAUUUAGGAUUAUGCGAAAGAACAUAAUAAUGUGUUACAUAUGUCUGUGUAAAUUCAACCCAUGAGAAUAGGCCACAUUUCUUUUUCAAACCAAAUGAUCAGAGCUUCAAUGUCUGUCUAUUGGAUGUGUUGCAACUAUACUGAAGCCUCAUACACAUUGUCCUGAAGUGAACUUUGAACUGUGAUUACAUCGUCGUCACACUUUGUAGCAAAUAGAUUUCUUUUCAGAAGAUAUGUUAGUAAUAUGUAUGUUUAAUUGGGUCGUUCACGGCAUGUUUGCCAGCCUGAAAAAUAAGGAACUACUCAUAUUUGAUAAUGGCAAUGACGCAUUAUACAUAGAAUUGACAAACUGAUUGUUGAGCUAAAAAAAAAAAAAAAAAAGAUUAAUGUCGAUGUUGAAAAUGAAAGAUCCUGGAUUCCUGUAGGGAUGUCGAGGUUUUAUGAGUAGGAAAAGUGAGGCGGGAUUUGAUCUGGUUAAUCGGCCAUCACAACGAUGGGAGGUAGCACCAAUUCAGCAAAGGUUAUCAAAAGAGAGAACAUCCUUAAUUUCCCUGUUUAAAUGACUUUGUGUUAUUACAGGGUUUACAUUCCAUUUUGUCAGCUUGUCAUCUGUCACCACUGCUUCUUAUUUGUUUACAGAGUAUUGCUUUGAGAUACUUAAACAUAGCAUUGCUCAGAAAUAAAACGGAACAUGCUGCAAACUGGCAUCAAUACAAACUCGCAAAGUAAUGCACCAUUUGUUUUCAUUACACUUGACUACUGUGCUUUUUCUACCUGAACACUCAUUGUGCGACUCAUACAGGCAUUAUUUUACAACACUGGACUGAGAUGUCUCUUCUUCCUACACCUUUUCAAAUGUCUCUUUUUAUGUCUAGAUGUUUUUUGUUUUUUGUUUUGCAUUGUAUACCUCUAAAGAUUUUUAGAGUUUUUUUUGAAGUGCCAUGAAGAAUUUAGUUACGCAAAGCAUCCUUCAGUCAUUCAGGGGACACAAGCUCGCUAUGACCGAGCUGAGUCCGUGUGUUUUCCACUGUGAGAACGGUGUCUUGUACUGACAUGGAGAACAUCCAAGCCAUCAAUGCCUCCAUGUCAGUAUAGUGCCAGGCAGUGCACGAGGUCAAGAGGAGGACCCAUAUUAAGUCCCACUAUAACGAAAAGUGGCAUUCAGGAAGUCUGAGGGGCUGCAGGAGCGGAGAGAGAUGGAUAUGGUAUAUACAUAUUGUCUCUACUGUGUUUGUUUCCAGGUUAUUAGGUUGUCAUGUUGUGUAUUUACAUACGGAUGACUGAAAGAUGCAUUUAAAGGCCCAGUGCCUGUAACAUCACAUGUGUUUUUGUACACGGAACAAAUCAAAGACUAUGAUGCGUAGUACGUUUCUGUCACAGUAUGUUGCAUCAUUUUUGUUAAUCUAUUUGUUGCUGUAAAGGAUGGAUAUAAUAACUUAUUUGCUGGGAAUUGUACCAGAUAUAAUAGAACAUAUAAUACUUAUGGGGGAUGGGAGGUGGGUCUCAAGUCUUAAAAACACAUUGAGAUUGCAUUCAGCAAUUUUGAUGUUUCUUUUUUUAAGAAAUGUUCCUUCUUUUUUUUUUUUGGCUGCCUAUCAGUUCAGGAAGCAUUCAGGACAUUGCUCUUGCGUAUCACAGAUAAGAUUUGUUGGCACAUCUUCAUUGCAGCAAACAGGAGUUCGACAUAGCAGUCUAAUUAGUUUGGAUGUGUUCUAGAUAUGACGGAUAAAUGGAUUAUUUGAUGGUGCUGAGUUGAUCUACCUGACUCUGUCAAAUAUAAUCUGCUGAUAAAUAUACUGUCUUGUACAAAAAGUUUGUACAUAGAUUGUACAUGGUUUCUUUUUGUAUUUUCUCAAAUUAAAAUGGAUGUAUUUGUGUUCUAAACAAUGAAA